CCUCACUUCCCGUCUGUCUGUUCAAUCCGCCUCUUGCCCUUCUGUCUCUCUGUCUCUGUGCAUCACCCUUGCUCUCCUCUGCUCAACCACGACCACAUCUACACCCACUGCUGCCGAGUGGUUGCUUUCUCCGCCCUAACCUCCUACCGACAUCACCCAUCAUGUCUCUUCCCAGCGACUUCGUUUGGGGCUUUGCCACCGCUUCAUACCAGAUUGAGGGUGCCGCCGAGAAGGACGGCCGUGGCCCUUCCAUCUGGGACACCUUCAGCGCCAUUCCCGGCAAGAUCGCCGAUGGAAGCUCCGGCGCCGUCGCCUGCGACUCGUACAACCGCACCGCUGAGGACAUCGCUCUGCUCAAGUCCGUCGGCGCCAACACCUACCGCUUCUCUCUUGCCUGGUCCAGGAUCAUUCCAGUAGGCGGCCGUAACGACCCCAUCAACCAGGCCGGCAUCGAUCACUACGUCAAGUUCGUCGACGACCUCCUCGACGCCGGCAUCACCCCCUUCAUCACCCUCUUCCACUGGGACCUCCCCGAUGGCCUCGACAAGCGCUACGGCGGCCUCCUGAACCGCGAAGAGUUCCCCCUCGACUUCGAGCACUACGCACGCGUCGUCUUCAAGGCCAUCCCCAAGUGCAAGAACUGGAUCACCUUCAACGAGCCCUGGUGCUCCUCCAUCCUCGGCUACAGCUCCGGCUUCUUCGCCCCCGGCCACACCUCGGACCGCACCAAGUCCCCCGUCGGCGACUCGGCCCGCGAGCCCUGGAUCGUCGGGCACAACCUCCUCGUCGCCCACGGCCGCGCCGUCAAGGUCUACCGCGACGAGUUCAAGCCCACCGACGGCGGCCAGAUCGGCAUCACCCUCAACGGCGACGCCACCUAUCCCUGGGACCCCGAGGACCCCGAGGACGUCGAGGCCUCGGACCGCAAGAUCGAGUUCGCCAUCUCCUGGUUCGCCGACCCCAUCUACUUCGGCAAGUACCCUGACUCCAUGCGCAAGCAGCUCGGCGACCGCCUGCCCGAGUUCACCCCCGAGGAGCUCGCUUUGGUCAAGGGUUCCAACGACUUUUACGGCAUGAACCACUACACCGCCAACUACAUCAAGCACAAGUCCACCCCGCCCGAGGAGGACGACUUCCUCGGCAACCUCGAGACUCUCUUCGAGUCCAAGAACGGCGACAACAUCGGCCCCGAGACCCAGUCCUUCUGGCUACGCCCCAACCCCCAGGGCUUCCGCAACCUCCUCGUCUGGCUCUCUAAGCGCUACAACUACCCGACCAUCUACGUCACCGAGAACGGCACCUCCCUCAAGGGCGAGAACGACAUGCCCCUCGAGCAGAUCCUCGAGGACGACUUCCGCGUCAAGUACUUUGACGACUACGUCAAGGCCAUGGCCGACGCCUCCGAGAAGGACGGCGUCAACGUCAAGGGCUACAUGGCCUGGUCCCUCAUGGACAACUUCGAGUGGGCCGAGGGCUACGAGACCCGCUUCGGCGUCACCUUUGUCGACUAUGAGAACGACCAGAAGAGAUACCCCAAGAAGAGCGCCAAGAGCCUCAAGCCCCUCUUCGACAGCCUCAUCAAGAAGGAGUGAGGAGUGCUAGACUCAUCUGUGGCGACUUAUUUGGAGUAUCCAUCCGUUGAUGGAAAAGCAUGCAUGCCUCCUUUUUCAAGGGAGACGAAGAGCAAGCACAUGUAGCUGCUCACGACUGAUGUAUGAAGAUGUCCUAUUUGUUUUGUUUAUGAUCCACCAUGUAGAUUGGAUAUAUGAUUUGCCAAAGACCAAAGACAAGAGCCGGACUUUGACUCUUGAUUUCGCCGCCCGCCCCUUGAAUGAGCCCCUGACCACAUGAUUUCCAAUCUUGAACCAUUUGUACGGGUUUCAAAGGCUCGGAUGGUUUCAUACACGAUGUAUUGAAUCCUUGGGUCCGGUUGACGAUGGAGAAUAACUGAAGAUCGUGGCCUUGGAGGAAGGAGAUGCCUCAAAGUUGUGGGAGAAUCUGCCAGAUCUUCGUGAGGUCACCGAAGCGAUGAUCCAAUUGAUCAAGGGGAUGGCCGUUGGUAAAUCUCUCCCUCAAAAGCAUUGCGAAGCUCCAUACACAACGAUCCUUGACCAGGUUGGCUAUUCUGGCCUAUUUUCAGGUGUAGUAUUUUUGGCAUCGGCGGUCUCUGAGAUUGAUCUGGCGGAGGAAGAACCGGAUGAUUACUCUAAUGAUCUGAUGAUGAGGAUCUGGCCUCCAUGGUUACCGAUGGCUCGACAGACUUGACCAAAUCUCCGAUUCCUCAGGCUCCGAUCCCUCAGGCUCCGAUUCCCUAGGUCCCGAUCCGCCAAGCUCAAAUUUCUCAAGUUCCGAUCCAUCAAGCUGUCUGUCAAGCCAUCUAACCCGUCAACUCCACCUCAAAGGUGUUAAUUCCACAUGUUCCGAUCCCAAGGCUUGUUGGUCAAGUGGCAGAUGUCGCUGCCCCAAAGACUCCAACUUCAAAUCUGCUAGGUUGACGGAUGAAAAUCCCGAGUCGCUCGAUUUCGCCGCCCCAUGGCAGGAGUUCCAACCAUCCUGUUGUUCAGUCGGUAACU